AUUUGCGAGUGCACGAACCAUCUUUCUAUAUUUAUUUCAUUUGUCAAUUUACUACAUAAUAGACGGGCUGUUUCCAAUUGCGCACAGUAUACCACCAUAAGGGGAGAAAUUAUAAUACGCUAUACCAUAAAUCGAACAUCCAAACCGUCACAAUGGCUACAGGCCCCUCGCCCCUCCCCCCAACGUUCAUUCUCAACUCGAAGUCCAUCUCCCAAUCAGCGGCGCAUGACUUUCUCGCUGCCUACAUCGACCUUGCCGCUACAGACCCCGCAUAUCAACCCAACGCCGGAAUCAGUGAGCAUGGCCCCGUUUCGCGUACCACAGCCGCUGCGCCUAAUCUCACGAUACACAACUUGAAGCGCGUGAAGGCUGGCCUGGCGGGCGAAGUUCUAGGACGCGAUCUGGCGCUUGCCAAGCUGGAAGAGGGAGAUGCGCAGCAACAGCAGCAAGUGGGGGCGAAUGGGGAUUGGGAGGAUGCGAAGAAGUUCCAGGAGGGUGAGAAUGGCGAUGCGGUGCAGGACGAGAAUGAUGCGCAGGGGCCGAUGGAGGUAGACGAUGUGGAACAGGAUGCCGGUGCUCUUGAUAAGGAGGAAAGGAAGCGGAAGAAGAAGGAGAGAAGAUUGGCGGAGAAGAGGGCUAAAGCAAAGGCUGAGACCCAAGCCGAAGAGUAAAUCCGACGGCAAAGGGAAACCCAGUGAGAAAAAGGAAAAGUAUAGAAAAAAAGAGGCUGUUAUGGGUCUAUGAUUGGAAGAUUUUGUUGGCAUCAUUCUGCUAUGGGCUUGAUUCUGUUCGGUUGGGUAUCAAAAGCCACGCAUCUUGUAUUUGGCGUACU